AUGAAUCGCAACGAAGUCAAUGUUCCUUCAGAUCCGAAGGUGAAGGAGGCUGAUAUCAAUCCUUAUUCUCUCAGUGCCAAGCUCCAUUUUACAUCGUCUCUAAUGGCAAUUUCGCUGGCUAGCAUUCAAAAUUGGAAAGGUCCCAUCGUUAAAAACGAGGGGAAUUUGAUACAGGAGUUCAUCUGGGACGUGGAACAUAUUGGGGAGCGCUCCACAACCCCGACUCCAGGGGUUUCAACUGACAAAGAUGCUGUGAAAACGGAUCUUAAACGGGCUGCUGAGGGAGUGCAAACGCUCUUCACUUUGCUUGUAACCAAUGGCCAGUUCCGGAAGCUUCGAAAGAUCAAGCCGUCAGAAGAAGAGAUGUCUGGAAUAGACGAGCCUGCGGAAGAGAACGUUUGGCAUGAUAAGCCUGAACUUUCAACAGCCAACAUAAAAUCACGGAUUAACUCACAGGUGGGAAAAAGGAAGGAAAAGGCUACCAAAGAUGUACAAGACACGGCAGAAACUGCUGAGAGCGCAGCUCAUCCAACUGGCCCUGAGGGUGGCGUAGAUGCCACGUCUGGCACAACCGCUGGAGCUCAGGCUGCGCUAGAAAAAAAUCUGAGGAUGUCCCGGAGGAAACAAAGACCCGUUCCCAGGAUGAUUGUGGAAAUCCAAGGCCACCCCGACUAUCAGCAAGCAAUUGAAACCCUGCUUUCACUCGCAGAAACUUUCGGUGGUCAUGGCAAAGGCGUCUCUCAGGAGGGUGCUUCAGCCACCAGAGAACUAGUAGACGAGAAUAAAGAUGCCAUGAAAAAACUCCAGCUGAUCCUCGAACGGUUUGCGAAUAGCUCUUCAAUGGACAAUCUUUUCGAUUAUAUUGAAAACUUCUAUCAUGCCGCUAAUGAAGAUCCACGGCUGAAAGACUGGUUUAGAUCCGUGAAUUCUUUCACCAGCCUUUACGAUGAAGGCCAAUUCCUCUUGCGAGCUAGGUACCGUGAAAAUACAGAUAACAUCGUGGAUGAAAUGAAAUUACUUGGGGAUCAAUUUGAUCAGGACCCCUUGAAUAAAGAGUUGAGCAAUUCUUUGCAAAAGCUAUUUCACAACCUCGGCUACGACGACUCUGGAAAGAUGGUUUUUAAAGACCAUCUCGUCAAGGAUGUUACCAGCAUUAUCCUGCCUUCGUUGUUCGAGAAAAUACGCUAUGUCCCGCUGCCUCGUAUCGAAGUAUCAGACCCAAUGGUCGAUGUGGUAUCGGUCAACAUCAAAAUCCUGCACAUUAAGAUCAAGCAAGUCGAAUCACAAGUUGCUUUUUUACGGAUAUUUAAAGCCCUCUGUUUUACGGUGCCGUGCGUCCUGCCGUUGAAAAAAGUUUUAGAGCAGCAAAUCCGUGACUGCUUUAUGCGCGGCGAUCGGUUCACGUAUGCUGUCCAUAGUGAAGCGCAGCGUGCCUGGAAGGCUGCUCGGAGCAGCCCGCAGGAAAGCCAAACUAUUUACUCGUAUUAUGUUGAUGCAGUACGCAAGCAAGUUAUGGCUAUGAGAAAGAAAUCAGCCGAGAAGAAAGACGCUGUGAAGGAACGGGAUACCAAAGUCAACCUCACUGCCACAGAGCGCACUGCUCUUUUCCAGCAUAUCAAGCUGCCGGGGGGCAUAUCCUCCAAGGUUACAGAGUAUGAGGAGCUUGCAACCAAGGGGGACAAAUGGGAAUCACCCGUCUUUUCCAUUGGCGACGCCGCUGAAUCUACGAACCUCCCUCAGUUAGCUCCUAUUGCACGCAAGCCUCGUUCACGACCUAAAACUAGGGAUUCAGGAAUUGGUUCAGUUGAUGAAACUAUUAGUCGGGACGACCAGGACAAGGGCAAACGCGGAAUCGGGGGUACUCAACUCCCUUCCGGCCCCCAUAUGGUCCCUGAAGCCAAUAUCCGGGUCUAA